CAACACCAACGCACAAUAUCCAUCUCACAAUUCUCUCUCUUGUGUGUGAGAGAGAAGACACGAUGGUCUCCAAUUGCUUAAGCCUUGGUCUCCAUCUCAAUCUUCAUCCCCACAAACACAAUCAGCAUUCUUUUACUUCCUUAAGAUCCCAGACAAAAGCUAAACUUGAUCAGCAUGUCUCCUUCACAACAGCUUCAAGCCACAACACUUCUUCUGCGUCUAAGUUUGAUUCGCAACAUAAAAGUCACAGGCGUGGUGACAAAUUGGGUUUCAGCCGAUCCGGUCUCAUCCGCCCAAGGUUCUCGGCGAUGACUGGCUCAGAAUUCGAUGACUUGGGGUACGACGAAUCCCAGUUCGACCCAUCCCUCACGAAUGACGACUUGAAACCGACGACACCAAGCCAGAGAACGUUUUCAUGGUUGGACAUGUCAAGUUUAUGGAUCGGUCUCGUAGUUGGUGUGCCUACUUAUUACCUCGCUGGGAGCCUAGUUGACCUUGGCAUGGCGUGGUGGCAAGGGAUAGCAACAGUGGUUGCUGCCAACCUAAUACUACUCGUGCCGCUCGUCCUCACGGCUCAGCCUGGCACUAUGUACGGAAUCUCCUUCCCUGUCCUUGCUAGAUCAUCGUUUGGCAUCCGUGGAGCACACAUCCCGACUCUACUCAGAGCAUUAGUAGGUUGUGGAUGGUACGGUAUCGAGACAUGGAUAGGAGGAGAAGCUAUCUUCUUGCUUUUACCGGGUCACAUUAAAAACUCUGCUUUAUCUCAUACACUACCUUGGCUUGGCACUUCUCCGCUUGAGUUCUCUUGUUUCAUUGUCUUCUGGUUGGCUCAGCUUUGUAUUGUUUGGAGAGGAAUGGACGGAAUCAGAAAGCUCGAAAAGUACUCAGCUCCAAUUUUGAUCACUCUCACGUCCUGUCUCCUCGUCUGGUCAUAUAUCAAAGCCGGGGGAUUUGGUCACAUGCUUUCCUUGUCAUCCAAGCUGACCUCUGCUCAGUUUUGGACUCUCUUUUUCCCGUCGCUAACCGCAAACAUAAGUUUCUGGGCAACUCUGGCUUUAAACAUCCCCGAUUUCUCCCGGUUCGCCAAAUCCCAGACCGAUCAGAUCAUUGGUCAAGCUGGUCUUCCCGUUUUCAUGGGUUUGUUCACGUUCGUUGGCGUAGCAGUUACUUCCUCCACAAGCAUCAUCUUUGGAAGAGUCAUCUCCAAUCCAAUCGAGCUUCUCGGUCAAAUAGGGGGCAUCGCCACAACUCUGCUCGCUAUCCUCGGAAUCUCCCUAGCCACACUCACUACAAACAUAGCUGCAAACGUGGUCGCGCCAGCAAAUGCCCUUGUGAAUCUAAGCCCUAAGUUUUUCACAUUCGGGAGAGGAGCCUUCUUGACCGCAGUUCUUGGAAUCGUGUGUCAGCCAUGGAGAUUGCUCAAAUCUAGUGAGAGCUUUGUGUACACAUGGCUCAUCGGAUACUCAGCCCUUCUUGGUCCAAUUGGCGGCAUACUCCUCGUCGAUUAUUACCUGAUCAAGAAGAUGAAACUGAACAUUGGAGAUUUGUACUCUCUUAGCCCCUCCGGGGAAUAUUACUUUUCCAAGGGAUAUAAUGUCGCAGCCAUCGUGGCUUUGGUCGCCGGAAUAAUCCCAGUCGUGCCUGGAUUUCUGCACAAGAUCGGAGCUUUGUCGAAGAUCUCGAAUGGUUUCGUCGUUGUAUAUGACAACGCUUUGUUUUUCAGUUUCAUCAUCGCAGGAUUUGUGUAUUGGAUCAUCAUGUCUCGUCUGAGAAAGAAACAGAGCUCGUUGCCUUCUUCACAGCCGCUAUUGUAAAAAUCUUGGCAUUCAAUUGAUUUCUCAAGUGAUUUAUAAUAAAAAAAUUUACAUUGAA